UGUUGCGCUGCACUGCAGAGCCGAAAGUCACGGCCAUCUGCCGGAUAGAGAGAGCCAACUGUGAAAGGAAUUCAUCAGCUCACACACACAUAUACACACACUCUCACACACAGGACGCAACGUUCCCAGAGUGAAAGGGAAAACCGUGGGGACCGGCGCAUUCGUGAGUACACAGCAAACUGAUAAAUCUGGACUGACCAUUCAGAAACGGCACCAGUUAGUCCUGUGUCCCACCACCGCUUAAGGAAUAUCUAUUUUUAAUAUACAUACCUAAUUUUUGCUUGUAAGAACUCUUGAGAACUGUUUUUCUCCGAACCAUUCCAUUGUGGACUCCAGCAGAUGCAGAAAGUGGGAGUUUUUUUUUUAUUAUUAUUAUUUAUACGCAUUUUUUACGCGCGCAUGUCUAGUGCACAGUGACUUUUUUCCGAGCAGUCAUGCUCGUGUCUUGUGUGGAAAGUUUUAUUCUGGUCAUAUGUAACACAUGCUGCAUGCUGCAGUAACUUCAGUCGCGAGCAUCGCGAGCCUUCCUGCUCUCCUCCUGCAGAGAGCCUGGACUCGCUGUCCUUGCGUCAGUCGAGGCGAAGAAGAAGGAUACAGGAAAAUAUAUACAUUUUUUAAACAGACAACAAGAGAGCAACAACUCCAGAACAGGAGAUGAGAAAAUAAAACCAUCUCCUGUGCUGCUUUCCUUCACAACCACUGACUGAAGGACAGUAAAUCAGAAGGCGCGAGUCGGUACAGAGGUGGAGGGAGUACAGGACCGGUUGGUGUCUCCAAAUUUCACCAGGGGGCUCGAGUUUCAGCCGGCCCUGGGCCGUGGUAUUAAAAAGUGAAUUUGACCUGGGAUAAAUUGUCAACAAGAAAAUUGGCAGAGGAGAACUGGCAGGUGUACAAGUUCAUUUGCGUGCAUACAUAUAUUAACACCGGCGCCGCUAUACAUAGUAGUUGUUUUAAGGACUAGCAGUUUAAUACGAAGUACCCCCUCAUCUAUACAACCUUACAACUCCACGCACCGGGCACACAGACGUCCUCUUCGAAUCGAAGAAGCAAUCUGCAUCCGCGAGGGCUGCCCAGUGUCCUGCCCGGUGUUGGUUUGGCUGUGAGGGCGGGAGUCGUCGCAUGGACUGACAUGGCCACCGACCUCGCCAUGAGCGCAGAGCUGCCCAAUAGCCCACUGGCCAUCGAGUACGUAAACGACUUCGACCUAAUGAAGUUCGAAGUAAAGAAGGAACCUCCAGAGGCUGACCGUUACUGCCACCGCCUCCCCCCGGGAUCCCUCUCCUCCACCCCGAUUAGCACGCCCUGCUCCUCCGUGCCUUCCUCGCCCAGCUUCUGCGACCCCAGCCCCGGUGGCCAGUCGAGCCAAAACCUGGCCAACGGCGUCAACAGCAACAACAGCGGCAGCAGCAACACCCAGAGCGUUGGCGGUAAGCCUCAGUUGGAGGACCUGUACUGGAUCCCCAGCUACCAGCACCACAUCAACCCCGAAGCCCUCAACCUGACCCCCGAGGAUGCGGUGGAGGCCCUCAUCGGCAACGCCCAUCACCACCAUCACCACCACCAGGGCUACGAGGGCUUCCGCGGCCAGCAGUAUGUAGGGGAGGAUCUAUCCGCGACCUCGGCCGGUCACCAUCAUCAGGCCCACCAUCACCACCACCACCACGGACACCGCCUCGAGGACCGCUUCUCGGACGAGCAGCUGGUCAGCAUGACAGUGCGCGAGCUCAACCGGCAACUGAGGGGGUUCAGCAAAGAGGAGGUGAUCCGCCUAAAGCAGAAGAGACGCACGCUCAAGAACCGAGGUUACGCGCAGUCCUGCCGCUACAAGCGCGUGCAGCAGAGGCACAUGCUGGAGAGCGAGAAGUGCACGCUCCUGAGCCAGGUGGAACAGCUGAAGCAGGACGUUGCGCGCUUGGCCAAAGAGCGGGACCUCUACAAGGAGAAGUACGACAAGCUGGCGAGCCGAAGCUACAACGGUUGCGUGCCCGGUAACAACAACAGAGACCCCUCCAACGGAAACCACGGGAAACUGGCCUCCACGGAAUUCUUCAUGUAAGAGACUUAUUCGUGACAUGACUUUUGCCCCCCCUUCUUAAACGUAUUUACAUUUUAAUUUCAUUUUAAAUAUAUUAUUUAUAUUUUUCUUUUUGCAUUUUUUGUUUACAGUUGUUCCUUUAGGAAAAACACUCAGUGUACAUUUUAAAAGUACAACAUAGCAUAAUGCUUCAUAAUUAAAGAAACAAGCAAGGUAGGUGCGCACAUAGGCUAAGUAGCCUAUUUUAUGUGCGCAGAUAUAAUUGUUCGAUAAGUCUUAAAGAUGCUCUUUGAAUGAACUUCAAUACACCAAGACCUCUUGAUCUCGACAUGGGAUCACAAACUGUCAAAUCAAUAGACUGAUUAAUAUUUUAUGAUGCAAAAGAUCUCAGAGAAACCCUGAUUAACAUUUGGAGUCUUGUGAAUCAAACUUGGCAAAGUAGACCUACUGAACAGAAAAAAAAAACUGAAAUCCCUGUUUUUCUCAGACAAUAAAUCCCUACUUGUUUGUUUUGAUUCUUUAUAUGGCGUCUUAAAAGAGAGCCUUGAGCAUCUUGAAGCUGGUGGGACUCAAGGAAGAGAACCCGGUAUUUAUUUUAUCAUUGGGACUGAAUUGAAAUCAAAGUGAUCGAACCACGGAAAAAGCAAUACACCGUUGCAGCUCCUGCAAGCCCCGUUGAUGUACCGGACUGUGAUGAUGGAGGGGACUCCCUGAUAUAGCCUUCCAUCCCCGUUAACGGAAAGGGAACAUUUGAAUAUUGCAAGUCUAGUUCCAUCCCUUUUAGCAACCCUGCAUGCAGGACAUGUAUGGUACGGUAACCCAAACCUCCAGUCAUCUAACACGAAAGCAUGGCCCAUGGUUCUUUCCUCCUGUCUUGGUACUUUCCUCUCCUCCUCUCUCCUCCUUCUCUUCCUAGAUUAAGGCAAAGGACGCGUCUUAACCGAUAUUUUCAAUCGAUUUUUCUAUUGUUUUAAAACAAAACAAAAACAAAACAAAAAUAAAUGAUCAACUGGGCCAGAUAUUAGACUUUAUUUAUUCCCAAGUGUACAUAUGUGUAGAGAACAGUUUUUGUGUUAUUUAGUUACCUUACUUUUCAAAGCUUUUGUUGCUCGAUGAUGAUUCAGAACGUCUUAAUACAAUGUUACAGCAUGCAAAUAGUCUAUGAUAUCCUCUUACUUCUACUGGACAUGUGGCCCAUAUGAUGUAAACGAGAAGCCUAACUGCACUAAGAUAAGAAACAUUUUGGGGUAACAUUUUUUUGUUAUGGCGUAUUGAUAGUUAUGGUAAUGGUAAUAAGGUGGAUAUAGAAAUUCAAUAGAAAUAUAAGGAUGGCAUUCGCUGCUAAAACUCUAUGCACCAACUUAACUAAACUCUUAAUUCAUGGAUUUUUAAAAAUUGUAUAAUAAUAAUAAUAGAGGUGAUCUGGCGGCUUGUGAAUACUAAUUAAUUAAGUCCGCAGUACGGUGUCUUAUAGCUCAAUAUAUCUUCUGUCUGAUCUGAUGUGUAGAGAGAUGGCUACAGAGGAUGCUUGUUUUUUGGCAUUCAAAUUAGAAUAUUUUGAGCUGAGGGUAUGGUGCCGACUUAGACUAACUAAAAAAUCCUUACUGUCAUCAAGAAAUCCCUGGAUCGUGUGUUACCUGCUGCCUAGAUAUAUGAUGUGCAAUAUUGUGCAGAAGUUCUGAACCACUUUGUCAAUGCCAGUUGUUUGUGCAAGGCUGAUGGCGACCUGUGUAGGAAUACAGCCAGGUUGACACGACAAGGAUAAUUAUGAGAGGUGUUUGCAAGUCGAAUCAUAAUUAAGUGGAAUAGAGGUGUUGUUUUUUUACCUCCCAAUAUGCUGCACAGAAGAAGAUAAUGAAAUAUCUUGGAUAAUUGCAUAGAUUUUAAGUGAACUUCAUUGUGGUGCAAAUGCGAUUCGUCUUAACUUAACGAAAUAACUUAUUUUGGUACUUUGUCUGAUCUUAAACAUUUUACAAAAAUAUGUCCUAUUUUAGUGAAAAGUUAUUAUUGAUUGAUUAUCAAUCAAUUCAUUCAUCACUCAAUCAGACAAUAAAGCGGAGAGAUGUGUCAUUGGCCUCAGAUAUUUAUCCUGUGUUUUUGGUGCUAAAAUUAUUUAGAAUUUUUAGAAAUCCAACGUGAAACAGGCCUAAACACCAGCAUCAUGGCAAGAUGGUGAAGUAUAUUCUGCACGGUGCUGUCGAUGCCGCGUUCCCGUGAAAGUCGGAACUAGGAAACUCGGAAAUAUCCGACUUCCGAGUUUCCUAGUUCCGACUAGUAUGUGAACGCUAUAUCUUUAGGCUAUAUAUGAUUUCUAUAUAUUUAUUCGAGAAACGUUUAAAUGUCCCAAGUGUGAAUAAGUCAAAACAAAGACAUGUUUCAAAAUGGAAUGUUGUUGAGAAUCUUGUUUUCAAAAUGUUUAAUAAAAAAUUCUGUCCAAAAUCUGUUCAUCCUUCC